GCAGUUUAAGACAUUUGUUUUAAUUGUUUGGCUUAAUAUAUUCAAGGUUGAAGUGAAUGUAAGUGGUAAACAAAAUAUGCGUGCGUGUCCAGAUAAUUAUAUUUAGUGAUUAUUCAUUGCACCGAAUGCAGUUUCAUUGUGCUGCGUGUAACAAGAUACAUUUGAUUGCUGCGUAUACCAUUUGCUGUUGCAUUAGUGUGGGUUACACUGUUACAUACAAGCCCUGGCUAGAGGCCAGCCUCAGCUCUAGCUGCUGGCCAUUGAGCGCAAACCGCAUUCCACAGAGCGGCGACCACUGUGCAGACCAUCAAUGAAAAAGUAAGCGCCAUGCAUCACCAUCAUCCGCCAUUGCCCAUAAUGAGCGCGGCAAAUGCUGCUGUGCCGACAGCAGCGGCCACUUCUUCGCAGCCGCAGCAGCAACAGCCACAGCCGCAGCAGCCACAACAGCGGCGACGAAAAAAGCGCCCCAACUACGGCACACGCACUGUGGAGGUGCGCCGGGGCUAUAAUGGCUUCGGCUUUACCAUAUCCGGCCAACAGCCAUGUCGCUUGUCCUGCAUCAUCAGUAAUUCGCCUGCCGAACAAGCGGGUCUACGUGCCGGCGAUUUUCUCAUCUCGGUGAACGGCCUUAAUGUGUCCAAGCUGCCGCAUGAGACUGUGGUGCAGCUGAUAGGCAAUUCAUUUGGCAGCAUACGCAUGCAGAUUGCAGAGAAUUACUUUUCGGACAGUUCGGAUGAGGAGAAUGCCAAUGCUACACUACUGAUACAGCGCAGUGCGCGCGGCCAGAUGCUGGCAGCUAGCCUGGGUCCGGGAGUGCGCAACAAGCCGCGUUUUCUGCAUCACAAAUCGAAGAUGCACCGACUGCGUAACUCGCCCCAAAAGAAGCCACCAGAGUCAGUAGAGGCUGCGGCUGCUGUGGUUUUACCGGCCUUGCCGGAUCAUGCCACCUUGCGUCCAGUGCUAGAAGAUGCGCCGUUGGCCCAUCUCGGAAAGGUGGCGGAUGUGGCCAAUGUUAGCGCCAUGGUGCGCGCAGUGGGCAGCGCUGCUCUGGAAUAUCGUGUCAUUGUUGGCUAUCUUGGCACGAUUGAGAUGCCCAAGCAGAUAUCUCACAGCUCCAAGCUGCAAACGGUGCGUUCUUGCAUACGAAAGCUGCGCCAGGAGAAGCGACAACCCACCAUUGUGCUCAUGAGCAUCACUCCGGACUCUUUGCGCUUGCAGAGCGCGAGUGGUGGCACACUGGCCACCUAUGCCUCGGCACGACUAAACUACGUCAGCUCCUCGUCCGAGAGCGAGAAUCGUUUCUUUGGGCUGGUGACCAGUGCCGUGCAUAACAUGCAAAUCGAUGAGGAAUACGAACUUGAGGACAAACCAAAUGCCAGCGGCGGCCACAUCAGCAUAUCGCACAGCUGCCAUGUCUUUGUCAUUGAUACCAAGCUGAUUGAGCAUGGCCAGCAUGUGGCACGUGCCCACGAGUAUCGCUUGCAAUGUACUAGGGAUCCCAUUUCGAACCUUUGCCUGGAGUUUCCCAAUAACUCGGAGUAUGUGGUGAAUCUUAUACGCAGCAUGUACACCAUGCGCAUACUGCCACCUGCCAGUCGCAGCCAACAGCCGCCGGAUUAUGAGGCGGGAGCUCCUGCCGGCGCCGCCCACUCACCACAGCCCUCCAAUCACAGCGAGAUUUCCACAACGACCUCCAACUCUGACUCGGGUAUUGGCUUUAACAAUGACUGCACUAACAUAUCCGAUCGUAUUUUGGUCGUGGACUUUGCCGGCGCUCCGGCAGCAGCUGUUCUGGGCCUAGCACCCAUGGCUCCAGCUGCAGCGCGUCCACAGGGUAUUGUGGGUGUGCCCGAUAAUCGGUUGACGGUGCGCGCCAUGCCCGAUCCUGAUCCCAAAUCGCCGUCCGCAUCGUGCUCUUUGCGUCGCCCUAAUUUGUUGGCUAGCUUCAAUCUGAUCAAAAGUCCGGCCACAAAUCUUACGGCCACGCGCUCUUGCGAUGAUGUGCUCAAUCUCCUGGUGGAUGAUCAGCCGGUCCUAGCUGCUGUCGCCUCCAUGGAUGACAUUUCACUGCACUCUACCGCUGCCUCGCAGGAUGAGCCGCACAUGUUUGUGCACCCAGCCUGCGUGCCGCGCAAGAUGCGUCGCUCCAUGCAGCCACCGCCGACAGCAUCCGAACCAACACCAUCUAAGCUUAGCGCCCAAGUCUUUGGCAAGCCGCGUUCGCGACAAUCGUUGGGCUUUGAGGCUAUCGAUAGCAUCCAGUCGCCUGGUCUUAACUGCCCUGAUCAGCCCAUGGACACCUGGAGCAGUCUCCAGAACAUACACAAAUUAACGCAAGCAAAUCCAAUAACGGGUCUACCAUCAUCAUCAUCCACACAUUGCCUACUAGAAGCUACCAACAGUGAACCAGAUCUGGGGAACCGCGCACUGCCGUCCAAUGCCUCGCCCUUUCGUCGAGCCUGGGGUCAAUCAUCGUUUCGCACGACGCGCACCGACACGGUGGCCAAAGUAGGAGGGUCUGGCAACAGUCCAGCAGUGCGACGCUCUGCCUCGAUGAACGCCUCCGACAACGAUGUGUACAUUAAGACGCUCAUGCUGGACGAGCUCAAGCCGGCGAAGCAGUCGCAGCAAUUGGGGCUCUUCCAGGUGCCGCAAAUACUUACCACACCGGCGCCACCGUCCAGCGUGACGGUGAAGGCGGGAGGUGGUGAGUCGACGCUGGAGCUGGCACCGCAAGAGCAGAACGGUCCCAGCAGUUGGGGCACGUCGUUUGAACGCAUGCUGCAGGAUGCAGCCGGCAUGCAGACCUUUGCGGAAUUCCUGAAAAAGGAAUUCUCCGCGGAGAAUAUUUACUUCUGGACCGCCUGCGAGCGCUAUAGAUGCAUGGAAUCGGAGUCAGAGCGCGUAGCUCUAGCCCGGGAGAUCUUUAGCAAGCAUUUGUCCAACAGCAGCAGCGAUCCAGUUAACGUGGACUCGCAAGCGCGUAAUCUAAGCGAAGAGAAGCUGACAAGUGGUGCUACGGACAUCUUUGCCGCGGCGCAAAAGCAAAUCUUUAACCUAAUGAAAUUCGAUAGCUAUCAACGGUUCAUACGCUCAGAUCUGUACAAGAGUUGCGUGGACGCAGAGCAGAAGCAACAGACAUUACCUUUUACGGGUGCCGAUCUGGAUGAGCUGUUGAAGACAAAUUUUCACGUAGUGGCCUCGCCCAAGCUCAAGAAAUCCGCAAGCAAUGCAGAGGAUCGGCGACGUAAGAGCCUAUUGCCCUGGCAUCGCAAGACGCGCAGCAAAUCCCGUGAUCGCAGCGAAAUAAUGGGCGAUCUGCAGCAGUCGUUGAUGCCUCCGCCGCAAGCACCAGGCGUAACUACGAUAGGUGCGCCAGCGCCUCUGCUGACGCUGUUGUCUGGUGGCUCAGUGAGCGAUUUACACAGUUCCCGAUCCUCGUUGUCAUCUUUCGAUGCCAACCAGGCCGGACAAGGUGCCAGCGCGGAUAAUGUUUGCUCCUUGUGCCGAGUUAUACUCACCGACGGAGCCACAACCAUUGUGCAGACACGUCCCGGCGAGACCGUGGCCCAGCUGGUGGAGCGUCUACUGGAGAAACGCAAUCUGGUCUAUCCCCAUUAUGAUGUUGUAAUACAGGGCAGCAACAAGUCCAUAGAUACGCAACAGUCAUCAAAGUUGCUGGCUGGCAAAGAGGUGCUAAUCGAGCGUCGGGUGGCCUUCAAACUGGAUUUGCCCGAUCCGAAGGUCAUAUCGGUCAAAAGCAAGCCGAAGAAGCAGCUGCACGAGGUAAUCCGGCCCAUAUUGAACAAAUAUAACUAUCGAAUGGAAAGCGUGCAGGUGUUGCUGCGCGAUACUCAAGCGCCGCUUGAUCUGAUGCAGCCCGUCACGGUGGCCGACGGCCAGCGGCUUCAAAUAGCACUGAUCCAGCCGGAUUUUCAGCAAGGCGGCAGUAGCAUGCCGCCGAAGCUUAGUAAACCAAUGAAACCGCUACCCACGUUGACGACGGACUCGGCGCAGGGCCAGUUGGACGAGCUCACCAACAAGGUGUUCAAUGAGCUACUGCAGAGCAAAGCGGAUGCUGCAGCGGGGCCGACCCAAAAGUCAAGCGAUCUGUGUUCCAUGAAGUCAAACGAAGCACCCUCGGAGAGCUCCUCCACGCUAUUCGAGCGCAUGCGACGUCAACAGCGCGACAAUAGCAACAUUCCAGGCAGUAAGCUGCCCAAGCUCAAAAAGAAAUCCACGAGCAGUCAACAUUCCGAGGAGGCAGCCGCAGUGGCAACGACAUUGCCCAAUGCCGAUCCCAAAAAACCCAUCAUAGCCAAGCUUAAGGCGGGCGUCAAAUUGCAGUCCACGGAGCGAGUAGCAGAGCACCAGGAUGAACUACUCGAGGGCCUGAAGCGAGCGCAGUUGGCGCGCCUGGAGGAUCAGCGGGGCACUGAGAUUAAUUUUGAUCUGCCCGACUUUCUGAAGAACAAAGAGAAUCUCAAUGCGGCCGCCUCUAAGCUACGCAAGGUGCGCGCCAAUUUGAGUCCAGUUAAUAAGGCCAGCAGCAGCGGAACGGAUGCGCCUCAACCAGCGCCACGCCUCUCCAUUACACGCAGUCAACAGUCACCCAUGAAGGUAGAUCUUGAGGUCGAGGCAGACUUACCGGCAUUGGCAUCGGCAACGGCAGCGUCCAUUGAACAGCAGGAUUUGCAGGAAUUCACCAAAGCGCCGCCACCAUUGCCGCCCAAGCCAAAGGUGUUGCCCAUUAAGCCAUCGAAUUGGGGCGUGGCCAAUACUCCGCCCAAUGGCAACUACAGCAACAAAUUCUCGCCCGCCAAGCAUACAUCCGCAUUGACGCCGACAUCCACGACGGCGACAACGUCGCCUGCAGGCACAGCAACAGCGUUAUCCUUUGCCACCAAGCUACCGAUGGACUUGGCACGCAAAUCGCUGGAGCAGGCGAGCGCACGUUGCGCGUAUCUAGAUGAACCCAGCAGCAGCUUUGUUUAACCCUAAGUCUACUUAUCGAUCUUCGACUGAUCAUUGUAUAUACUUUUAUAUAUAUAUAUAUUUAUUAAUAUUUGUAUUCUAUGAAGUGUUUUAUAAGUGCCCAUCAAAAGGAUAUAUGACGAACGUUGUGGCACACAGCUGCUUCGCGGGCUGAUCGUAUUUAUAAUUAGCUGCACGUUCUCUUAAGUUUAAAUAAAUAAAUAAAUACCUAUAUUUAAACAUAAAACCUUCGCAUUUUGCAGAAACAAGUGUGCAUCUGCAUUAUAUGAACAGCUUUACAUUUAGAAAUAUAUAUAGUUAUUU